CUAAUUAAUUGGCAGCUGAACACAUUAUUUUCACUCAUAUUUCAUGCAUACGUGUUGAUGAAAGGACGCAUAAAUACACGUAUUUCCACCACAUAGCCAUGUGUAACAUGUAUCUAAUAGGGAUGGCGACAUAAAUGAAUCCGUGGACAAACACCAGAGUAAACCUUCAAAGCCAACCUCCUAUUCAUGGAAAAGUGGAAUUAUGUACAACUAGCCAAAGAAAUUGUUAGCAAACAGUAUAAAUGGCACAGUAAAGAUAAAUGGUAGCAGCGGGAAAAAGUAUUAUAACUGGAUAUUAAAGGCGAGCUAUUAAGGUUUAAAAGAAAAUCAAUAGGCCACAAGGGAAGCAUCCCGGAAAGAAUAUGGCCACAUAUGAAUAUGUGAGGUUAAAGUAUUGACCAUCACUAACAGAUAGAUAUUCGUAACAAGAAAUUAAUGAAAAAUUUAACACAAUGGCGUUAAAGGACAAAAUGAAGCCGCUAAGUCAACAAAAAUGUAACGUGAACGAAAGCAAAGGACAUUGCGUGAAGCAGGAGUGACUGCAAAUGCGAGGAAAAUUAUUUAAAAUAAUGCAGUAGGCUGCUAUGUAUGUACUCGCAGUAAUAAGAAAAUGAAGAAUAAUUAAUAAUCGAAACAAAGUGCAUAAAAAAUAUUUAAUAAUGAAGCGUAAAAGAAACAAAAUAUAUACAAAAAUUUGAAAAUCUGAAAGAUGUAAACUUAACACAAAAAAAAGUACUUAAAUCAAAAAAGGUACUUAAAGCUAGUGAAAUCCCCUUGCAACAAUAUUUAAAAAUGCUGACAUUGCUGCAGCCAAAUAUUCCACAUUGCUCAGCAAGCAAACAACACUGCCAACCAGAUUGCCCGUCGCGUGCCAAACGUACUUACCAGUUAAAUAGCUUAAAUUUAUAAAGAAAAACAUUUGUUGAUCAAAGAAAGUUAAGUUUAGAUUGUAAUCAUUUGCAGAAGAGGCACACUCACACACACAAGUACUUAACAGUAAUUUUGGGUAGUUGGAAAAUAAAACCUAUCGUCGUUGCGCGUAAUGACGACACUCCUUUGCACGUCUGCGACGCAUUUACUAUCGUUAUCGUUACCGUUAUCAUUAACGCGUUCAUUAUUUGUAAUUAUAUUUUUACUAUUAAUUGGUAAUUUUGAUUUGAGCAUUCUACCGUUGCCAACAAAAAGCUUGAAUCAGCGCAGUAUCAGCAAAGUCUCAGCGGAAGUAUUUACUUUGGGUUAUUUAACCGGCUCACAGCGCAGUCCGGGAAAUUUGGAUUAUCAGCGACCAGGCAUCACCAUCUCCGGCGCCAUUACACUCGCCGUUUCCCAAGUGAAUGCUGGCAGGCUUAAGGAACUCGGUCAUUCACUGGAAUUCAUUGUGGCCGAAACCUAUGGUGAUGAAGUAUCGAGCAUACGGCAAACGGCCUCGCUUUGGACUCGGCAAGUAGCCGGCUACAUUGGACCACAAGAGACCUGCGUGCAUGAGGGGCGCAUGGCAGCCGCCUUCAAUUUACCUAUGAUAUCCUAUGUAAACAGAGCCACCUAAAGCAUAUCAUCCCAUAUUAUAAAUUAUGCUACUAAUCCUUAAAUUUAUUGCAGUACUGCAUACACCGCGACACGUCAAAUAAACAGGACUUUCCCACCUUUGCGCGCACGCGUCCGCCG